GACCUUCCCCGGCUCCCAUACCUCAUGAGCGUCGCCCACUUCCCGACGUUCACCUCGCCCGCGGCGGACAUCACGGCACGCACCCGACGCUCCUCGCUGGUGUAUGCCGUCCUGUACGAACUGGCCCUUACGAGCGUUCUCGCGUUCUCGACGCUGCUCGGGAUCCUCGCACUCGUCCGAUUUGCGCUUGGCGUGCUCCUAUUCAAAUGCGCCCAGCUCCCGAGCGAGUGCUACUACUGCACUAGUCUCAUUCCCACGGCGUCCCUCCGAUUCGCCGCAGCCCUCGCGCAUACGUCGCCGCUAUCGGUGCUGAUCGCCACCUCGCUGUGCACGGGAGUUGUGUUCGCCGGGGCGGAACUUGUUGCUAUGGCUUUGGGGCGAGAUGGGUGGUCAAUGUGGCCACGAGGUUCGGACGACGAUCCCGCGGAGGACGAGGACGAGGACGAAGACGAGGACGAAGAGAAGAGUAUCGGGUUGCCGAGGAGUCCAUGAACUGACGUCUGUUAAGAUAAGACUGUACUCGCUGACUGUUCC